CUUGAAACAUGGAGAAGGAAGCCGGCCCGCUCAACAUGACAUGGAACGACUCGUGGACAGCCGAUGAUUUCAUCUUUGACAAAUUCAAACAAGACACGAUCGUUAUCGUGAUCUUCGUGCUCGCGUAUCUCUCCAUCUUACUGCUGUGCGUGGUGGGGAACCUGCUGGUCAUAGUGGUGGUGGUUUGGAACAGGAACAUGCGGACAGUUACCAACUUCUUCAUCACCAACCUGGCCGUGGCCGAUCUGCUGGUCGGAGUCUUCUGUUUGCCGUUCAACCUUGCGGAUAACAUAUUGACAAGUUGGCCAUUCGGCGAGGCCAUGUGCAAGGUGUUCCUCUCCGUCCAGGUUCUAUCGGUGUCUGCCUCUGUCUUCACACUCGUCGCCAUUGCCGUGGACAGAUAUUACGCAGUGGUUCACCCUACCAGCCCACGCCUCACCCAGACAGCGGUGCUGUAUAUCCUCGGCACCGUGUGGAUCGUGGCGGCCGCUACAUCUGCUCCCCAGGGCCUCGUCUUAACCAGCGUCACCUACGAAGGCGUUUACACGGCAGACGGACAGGUUCUCACCGCUUGUGAGGAGGUCUGGCCCGGCGACCACUUCAAAAUAGGUUACUCGUUGGGCCUUUUCGCCAUGUGCUAUGUUUUCCCAUUGUUCAUUAUUGCCUUGUUGUAUGUAAAGGUAGGCCUAACGAUCUGGAACAGAUCGAAACCAGGAAACAAUCAGAGUAGAACACUGUUGAACACUGUGCAACAUCUCGGGAAUUCCGUGUCAUACAGCUCCCAUUCAAGCACCGUUGCUAUCCACCGUGUCGUAAUGCCACAAUCUAGCUCCCCAGAAACACAGAAGAAACUCCACGUCAUCCGAAUGUUGCUAGUUGUUGUGGUCGUGUUUGCUUUAUCCUGGCUCCCUCUCUACAUCCUAACGAUUGUUUCUGCCUUCGUCGAAUUUACCGAUGAUGUGACCAUUGUAACUUACCACUACGUUUUCCCGGUUGUACGUUGGAUGGCAUUUUUCAACUGUGGAGUGAACCCGAUUAUCUAUGGUUAUUACAAUAAGAACUUCCAAAAAGGCUUCUACCAGCUUGUCAGGUCAUCAUCAUGAGUUGAUUCUUAAAAACCGCCUAAACGAACAUUGCGCAUGACGCGUAAUCUUUAUAUUCAGUCUAACAUUUCAACAAAAGAGUAUCGAAACAGAUGAUUUUGCAACAGAUGCUGAACCUGAUACCGUUUUCAGGAUGGUUGACCCAAUGGUUCAAGUCAGCAGAUCUUACAAAUGUUAGUAACUGCCGAUGGAAGUCGGUACCGUGCCCCGGGAAAAUCGGAAUUCUCUUGUGUAAGCUUAGAGUCCACGUAUGCCAUACAUGCAUAAUUCUGAAGCGUAAUAAAAUUUAGUUAGAGUGUUUGCCCCAGAGUCAAGAGGCUAUUACGUGGUUCAAACCCAAGAAAUUCCCAAUUGCUGUGCCCUUAGGAAAGACAUUUAACAUGAAUUUCCGCCCUAAUUUGACUAGGAAUGCCCCUCGGAUAGGACUUUUAAAUGGAGGUCCCAUGUUUGAGGAGAGGCAUGCCUCGAGCACGCUUAAACACCCAAGACACUCAUGGAAAAUAGUGGGGUUCCUUACCG